AACUCUCCAUGUACGGGCACAACAUCUUCCUCCCGAGUCCUCCUCGUCUACCACCGGCGGUAGCACACCGCGUACCCUAAAAAUCUCUCGUCUGCGUUCCUCUACAGCCGCGCCCCUCUCCCCCUCCAACAACCCCAUCGCCCCUCACGCGCGUCGCCGCCAUCGCCGUUCCCGUUCUACCUCAACGCGAAAUCGCGUUCCUGCUGUCUCCUCCCCGUCCGCAAUCUUUGCCCAUUGGGGUUUUCCGUUUCCAGGGCAUACUCAUUGUGCUGAUCACUGUUGUCAUCAAUGGAGACCAAUGAACCCCUCCAGGAUAUAAUGUGUGAGUUUCGUGCGGGUAAGAUGACUCUCGAGGGAACACGAGUGGUACCAGAUACACGCAAGGGGCUUGUUCGUAUUGGAAGGGGUGAAGAAGGCUUGGUUCAUUUUCAAUGGCUUGAUCGUGGACAAAACAGAGUCGAAGAUGAUCAAAUCAUCUUCCCUGAUGAGGCUGUCUUUGAGAAGGUAACAUCAUCUAAUGGGAGGGUUUACAUCUUGAAGUUCAUGCAUGAUAGCAGGAAGUUCUUUCUAUGGAUGCAGGAGGCUAAUGCUGAUGGAGACUCGCAAAUAUGCCGCCAAGUUAAUGACCUCAUAAAUCGAUCUUUAGAUGGUGAGGCAGUAUCUAUUGAAGCAGAAAUGUCACAAGAAGAUACAGCUGAUGAUGACAUCUCUUCAAGAGCUGGUAAUUUAGUUGACCAGAGCAUGACUGCUGAUCUGGCUGGUGAAGUGACAUCUGCUGCUGGGCCUGUACGGUUGGCAGAUCUGCAGAGAAUAUUGAGUGCUAUACAACCAUCAGAUGUCACAGCAGACCCUGAUGCUGGAUUGGGACUAGGAGACAUCUUGAAACCUGAUCUGAUACUACCACUAAUUGAAACUUUGCCCAUCGAACAGUUGGCAUCACAUCUUCCUGAGGGUUCAUGGACUGCUGGUGAUAUUCUUGAACUACUGCAAAGCCCACCAUUGCGACAGCAACUAGAUGCUUUUACACAUGUUCUACGGACUGGCGAAAUAGAUCUAGCUCAAUUUGGAGUGGACCCUAGUAAAUAUAAAUUCACAGUUGCUUCAUUCCUGGACGCUUUGGAAGAGACUGUGGCAAAAGCUCGUACAGAAGAAGACAAGGAUUCUGAGCCCCAGAGGGGUGGUGGGAAUGAUCCCAUGGACGAGAGUUGAUUGCGCAGCACAUCUAGGUCUCUAGCCUCGGUACAACAUGGGUGGCGGGUGGAAUUAUCACGGUUAAUCUGGAUUUGUUAUUCCGGCACCCCUUACUGGAAAUUACUAGAUCCUAUAUCAGUCUGCUUCGUUAGGAUCCAGUUGAUGCCAUUGCGUUAUUUUGAACAAUGCUUCCAUAGGUACCCGUUGAAACAAUUGCAUGAAAUGAAUAGUUUGAACAAUGAUAUUAUUCUGCUCCGUUCACCCUGUAGUUAUGCUGGGAUUUAACUGCAGGGAUUUUUUACUGAGGCUUGAUUCUUAUGGUUGUGUUGUUCA